UGACGUAGAAAGGCCGCGCCGCGGAGAUUCCUGUGUGUGUGUGUUGGAGGGUCGUUGGGCGACUGCUUCUGGCCUGUGAAGCGGCAUCAUGGCGGGGAAGAGCGGGGAGGAUAAGAUGAAGGAGAUGGAGGCGGAGAUGGCGCUGUUUGAGCAGGAGGUCUUGGGCGCCCCUGUAGCUCUGCAUCCCGGAGAACCAGUUCCGCUCCCUGUUCCGCUCCCUGUUCCGUUACCCAUCCCUGCUGUCCCUUUAAUACGUCCUAUUAUAGCUACAAACACCUACAGCCAGGUGCAGCAGAGUCUAGAGGCACGAGCAGCUGCUGCAGCAAGCGUGGUGGGUCCUUUAAUGGUUCCCCCUGUCCCAUUUGUUGGACCAGCAAUCCCACCUCCAAGACCCCCACUUAUGAGGCCCAGUUUCAUCCCCCAUGCACUGCAGAGACCAUCAGAACCCCACAUUGUGAUGCCCCGGCCGUCAUUCAUCCCGCAUGUCCUACAGCAUCCGCAUCGAUCCAUGGGUCCCCGGCACCCCGGCAUGCCUCCCCCACAGCCUCUGAUGGCACAUCCGAUGCAUGGUCCUCCACCACCACUCAUGAGCCAUAUACCUCCUCCCCCUAUGAACAUGAGAAGCGGCCCGCCGCCAGCCCCCGUCGGUCCCAUGCCGCCCCCUCCUCGCCCUGUUGUACAGUCAUCUCCUAAAAUGAACCCCACAGUGAUUCAGGCGGCACCCACAGUCUACACAGCACCACCUGUAAGGAAGAUUGAGGAGGAAAUCCCAGAGACGCCGGCCCCGAUGGACGAUAAGGACCUAAGUUAUGAAGAAGCAGUGAUCGGUCCCAGCAUGCCGGAGAUAGAGCCCAUACAGCCUGAGAUUGUCCUGGAGCCCGUGCAGGAAGACAAAAAGAAAAUGAAGCCGGAGAAACUGAAGCGCUGUAUCCGUACCGCGGCCGGGACGACCUGGGAAGAUCAAAGUCUCCUGGAGUGGGAUACUGAUGACUUCAGGAUAUUUUGCGGUGAUCUGGGAAACGAAGUGAAUGAUGACAUCCUGGCCCGGGCGUUCAGCCGCUAUCCCUCCUUCCUGAAGGCCAAAGUCAUUAGAGACAAGCGCACCGGCAAAACGAAAGGUUAUGGUUUCGUGAGCUUCAAAGACCCCAAUGAUUACGUGCGGGCGAUGAGGGAGAUGAACGGUAAAUAUGUCGGCUCUCGACCCAUUAAGCUGAGGAAGAGCAUGUGGAAGGACCGCAACAUGGAUAUUGUCCGCAAGAAGCAGCGGGAAAAGAAGAAGCUCGGCCUCAGAUAACAAUAGACACAUGAACUGCUGAACAGAGAAGACAGCUUCUGCAUCUGUCCUACAAGUGCGGACAUCAGACCCGUGCACACAGUUCCCUUUACCCAAACAACCAUUGAGAAGUCCCGUGUUGUUUUCUCAAUGGUCGAUCUUGGUGGAUACCUGUUCCGGCUUAGUCCAUACAACUGUAGGAACAGUCAGAGCUUGGUUUUUCCUAGUGUUUUUACUGAAUUUGUCCAGUACUGCAGCCAUAGAUCAUUGGCACUACCACUAGUGGUCAGCAGGUGGCGCUAUAUAUGUGUACAGAAAUUACACAUUGCCCCCUUCACACUGAAUUUAAUUGUAAGUCUUCAUUAAAAAAGGAGUUUUCUGACCAUUUGUAACCUAUCUGAUCAGUAGAGGUCUGACGCCCAGGACUCCGGUGAUCAGCUGUUUGAGAAGGCCCUGGAGCUCGCCCCAGCAUUCUCGCUGCUUACCCUAGGCCAGUGAUGUCAAAAGAAUCGUUCAUGUCACCAUUUGGAUGACCCCUUUAAAUAUUACUUGCCUCCUAUAUUCACAAUAUAUGUACAUUAGAGUUUGCUUUUCCUUUUACAUCAUUUGUCUUUGUGUGUCAGGUGCUGUGGACUGUACAGUGUAAAUAAAAUAACUUACUUUUUUCUUUUUCUUACUUUU